AUGUCUGGAAGAAAUCGUGGACCGCCUCAUGCUGGACUUCCCCCCCAGGUCCAUGAACCAUUUGGAAGAGGACUUGGGCCGAUGCCCCAUCCAGCAUUACUCGAGGAAAUGAGAGAAUCCCAGCUUGGAAUGGGUCCCAGACCACUUCCCCCUCACCCUGCGAUAAUUGAGGAGCAUCUUGCGGCUCAACAUCAAGAUAUCCAAGGUCUUCUAGUUGGUAACCAAAGGCUUGCUGCAACCCAUGUUGCACUAAAGCAGGAAUUGGAAGCUGCCCAGUAUGAGUUGCAGCGGAUGGCUUACCAUGUUGAUUCACUGCGGGCAGACAAGGAUGUUCAAAUGAGAGAUUUGUAUGAGAAGUCUGUUCGUUUGGAAGUGGACCUUCGUGGAGUGGAGGCUAUGCGGGCUGAGCUUCUUCAGGUUCGUGCUGAUAUCAAGGAGCUCACUGCAGCGAGGCAGGAGCUCUCGGGCCAGGCACAAGCAAUGACACAAGAUUUGGCUAGAAUCACUGCUGAUUUGCAACAGGCACCAGCUUUGAGAGCAGAAAUUGAAGCUAUGAAACAGGAAUUGCAACGUGCUAGAGCUGCAAUUGAGUAUGAAAAGAAAGGAUAUGCAGAGAAUUAUGAGCAUGGCCAGGUGAUGGAAAAGAAUUUGAUAUCGAUGGCUAGGGAGCUAGAGAAACUUCGUGCAGAAAUUGCGAAUACUGAGAAAAGAGCACGAGCUGCAGCUGCUGUUGGAAAUCCAGGUGUAGGUUAUAAUUCAAAUUAUGGAAAUCCUGAAGCAGGAUAUGCAGGAAAUCCCUAUCCUGCCAGCUAUGGCAUGAAUCCCGUACAGGGCGGUGCUGAAAGUUUUCCUCAAUAUACACCUAUGCCUGGUUCAUGGGGUGCAUAUGAAAUGCAGCGAGCUCAGGGACAUAGAUAA